AGAUUCUGCUUGACCAUAAAAAUGAUCAAUUAAAAAAUGGCAACAAGUAGUGCAGCAUUAGCAGCUUUAACUCUCUCUGCUUCUCCUCCUUCACCCUCUUCGUUGCUAUCCCGCCACAUCCAUCAUCAUCAUCAUCAUCAUCAUCAUCAUCGAUUAUUAUCAUCAUCACAAUAUCAUCUGAGCUUUUCUACAUUGUCUAAGUUCAACUCUCUAUUUUGGUUGAUUCUGAUUGGAGUUUCCAAGGAUCGCAACAAAUUAUUAAGGCCCAAGAACAAAUUUCCUAAAAUUCUUGCUUGCAAAAUGGCUGAAAUUGACAAGGAUGGAGUGACAAGUGAUGUAUAUGCAAGAAAUAUGGUUUAUGAGCCUAUAUUAGAAGAAGGUGUCUUUCGUUUUGAUUGUACACCUGAUGAUAGAAGUGAUGCAUUUCCUAGCCUGUCAUUUGCAAAUCCUAAAGUAAGGGACAUCCCUUUGAUGAAUGAAAAACGUCCCUCUUAUAUUCCUACUUUUGAGCGCACUCAAGGGCAGCAAAUUGUUCAGCUACAGCUCCCUAUUGGCACAUCUUUCUAUGGAACUGGAGAAGUCAGUGGACAACUCGAGAGAACAGGAAAAAGGGUGUUUACAUGGAACACUGAUGCUUGGGGAUAUGGGCCGAGCACAACGUCGUUAUACCAGUCACAUCCCUGGGUUUUGGCUGUUUUGCCUAAUGGGGAAACAUUAGGUGUUCUUGCUGAUACAACACGACGUUGUGAGAUUGACUUGCGGAUGGAAUCAACCAUAAAGUUUGUUGCUCCAUUAUCCUUCCCUGUUAUCACAUUUGGCCCAUUUCCUUCGCCAACUCAUGUUCUAGUCUCUUUAUCUCACGCUGUUGGAAGUGUCUUCAUGCCACCGAAGUGGUCACUUGGUUAUCAUCAAUGUCGUUGGAGCUAUACUUCUGAUAAACGAGUUCUUGAGGUUGCUAAAACUUUUCGAAAAAAGGGCAUUCCGUGUGAUGUGAUUUGGAUGGAUAUAGACUACAUGGAUGGCUUCCGGUGUUUCACUUUUGACCCUGAGCGUUUUUCUGACCCAAAAGCGUUGGUGAAUGAUCUUCAUCUUAAUGGUAUAAAAGCAAUCUGGAUGCUCGAUCCAGGAAUUAAACACGAAGAAGGUUACUUCGUUUAUGACAGUGGGUCUGAUAGAGAUGUCUGGAUCAAAACUGCUGAUGGAAAACCUUUUGUGGGUGAGGUAUGGCCCGGUCCUUGUGUGUUUCCUGAUUUUACGCAAUCAAAAGCUAGAUCAUGGUGGGCAAAUUUGGUGAAAGACUUUGUUACUAAUGGCGUUGAUGGUAUAUGGAAUGAUAUGAAUGAACCUGCAGUAUUCAAGGUAGUGACAAAGACAAUGCCGGAGAGCAAUAUUCAUCAUGGGGAUUCCGAGUUAGGUGGCUGCCAAAAUCACUCUUAUUACCACAAUGUCUAUGGGAUGCUGAUGGCUAGAUCCACAUAUGAAGGCAUGAAAUUAGCAAAAGAAGAUAAACGCCCCUUUGUUCUUACUCGGGCUGGAUAUAUAGGCAGCCAAAGGUAUGCUGCAACAUGGACAGGUGACAACCUUUCAACUUGGGAGCACCUUCACAUGAGUGUUACCAUGGUACUUCAACUGAGUCUUAGUGGACAGCCUCUUUCAGGCCCAGAUAUUGGUGGAUUUGCUGGUAAUGCAACUCCAAAGCUAUUUGGAAGGUGGAUGGGUAUCGGUGCAAUGUUUCCAUUUUGUCGUGGACAUUCAGAGAUGGGUACAACUGACCAUGAACCUUGGUCCUUUGGUGAAGAGUGCGAGGAAGUUUGUCGACUUGCUUUGAAGAGGCGGUACCGACUUAUACCACACAUAUAUACUUUAUUCUAUCUGGCACAUACAAGGGGUACUCCGGUUGCUUCCCCAGCCUUUUUUGCAGAUCCAAAAGAUGUACAGCUGCGUACUGUUGAAAAUUCCUUUCUGCUUGGACCACUUCUAAUACAUACAAGUACUUUACAGGAUCAGGGGACAGACAAGAUACAGCCAUCACUGCCUAAAGGGAUCUGGUUGAAUUUUGAUUUUGAUGACUCGCAUCCGGACCUACCCUCGCUGUAUCUUAAAGGAGGAUCACUAAUUCCCUUGGGUGCACCACACCAACAUGUCGGGGAAGCUAAUCCAGCAGAUGACCUAAUACUUCUUGUUGCUUUGGAUGAACAAGGGAAAGCUGAAGGCGUACUUUUUGAAGAUGAUGGAGAUGGAUAUGAAUUCACCCGAGGAAACUACCUACUAACUUACUAUACUGCUGAACUCCAGUCUUCUGUUGUUACCAUAAAAGUUUCUAAUACUGAAGGAUCUUGGAAAAGGCCAAAACGUCGUUUGCAUGUGCAAUUGUUGCUUGGUGGAGGUGCGAUGAUUGAUUCUUGGGGCACUGAUGGGGAGGAUGUGCAAAUCAAAAUGCCAUCGGAACAGGAAAUUUCCAACUUGGUAUCAGUGAGUCAAAAGCAGUAUCAGACUCGAAUAGAAAAUGCGAAGCGCAUUCCAGAUGUUGAACAUACUCCAGGAAACAAGGGCACUGAACUUUCAAAAACUCCUGUUGAGCUAAAAGGUGGUGAUUGGAUGCUUAAAGUUGUUCCGUGGAUAGGAGGUAGAAUUAUUGCAAUGGAACAUCAUCCCUCAGGAAUACAGUGGCUCCAUAGCAGGGUCGAAAUCAAUGGAUAUGAAGAAUACAGUGGUACGGAGUACAGAUCUCCGGGAUGCACCGAGGAGUAUGUUGUCAUCGAACGAGAUCUUCAACAAGCUGGAGAAGAAGAAUUGCUCAGUAUGGAAGGUGAUAUUGGUGGGGGGUUGUUCCUGGAGAGAUGCAUUACAAUUCCAAAAACUGAACCCAAUGUCGUCCGAAUAAAGUCCAGAAUUGUAGGACGUAGUGUUGGUGCUGGAUCUGGAGGAUUUUCAAGGCUCGUCUGCUUGCGUGUGCAUCCAACGUUUGCUCUUCAACACCCUACAGAAUCUUUUGUUUCUUUUACCGCAAUUGAUGGAUCUAAGCAUCAGAUUCAGCCCGAGUCUAAUGAACUAUCUUAUGAGGGUGACCAGCGACCAAAUGGAGAAUGGAAGCUUCACGAUAAAUGUCUCGGUGUAAGCCUCGUCAACCGGUUUGACGUCAAAGAAGUUUAUAAGUGUAUGAUCCAUUGGGGUACAGGAACUGUUAAUUUGGAGCUCUGGUCAGAGCAAAGGCCUGUUUCUAAGCAGUCGCCUCUAAGCAUAUGCCAUGAAUACGAGGUGAUAAAAAGCUAAUACCUCAUAUCAACACAGGUAUUAUUAUAAAAGCCCGUUAUUAAUAAAAGGAUCCUCUGAAUUGGAUCAAAAACCCAGAAUUGAAGUGCUAGAUGAUGGUUCAUUAUAAGUAGCAAGUAUUUGCUUUUUUGGUAAUUUGUACUCAGAACCAUAUUUCCUCAAGAUGUGAACAAGUUAUAACAAUAUGUAAUCCAGACUGCUGAGAGACUGUCCAGACUCCAGACUGACUGGAGGAGGAAGAUUUUGGACUUCCUGUCAGGGGUGCUAGUGGGUUUGGUUCUACUGGUCUCUGAAAACUCUUCGUUUAGGUUUGAUUGUAUGGAAGCUUACUGAAUUCCCAGUAAAA